AGCUCAAAAGACGACAAAGAAACACAAACACAGUGACCCAACAGAAACAGAGGAGAGAGACAGAGAAGGAAAUGAUGAUGGGCAGGGGAGGCAGAGAUAGAGAGGAAAGGGAUGAGGAGGAGGGCAAGGGUUUGCUGUGGAAGCUUCCAGUUAUCAAAACCCCGCAACUCGGGAAGGUGGGUCCCGCCUUUGGUGUCGGCGUUGGCUGUGGCUUGGGCUUCGGCGUCGGCCUCCUCGGCGGCUUAGGAUUUGGUCCUGGGAUUCCUGGCUUACAAGUUGGCUUUGGCCUUGGUGCUGGAUGUGGGGUCGGCUUAGGAUUCGGCUACGGCGUCGGCAAGGGCAUUGCUCAUGAUGACCAUCGGAGAUACUCUAAUGUUGGCAAUCUUUUUCAAGGAGCAAAUGUUGGCAUUUCUCGUGCUUCUGGAAAUCUGCCUACUCAGGAUGAUAUUGGUGCACUAGUUGAGGAGCUUGUUGAUAAUACAAAGAAACUUGUGAGAGCUACUACAAGAGAAAUGGACAAGUGGAGAAGAUGAGUUCUCUUUUGUGACUUUAGCUUGCUGAGUUGUUAAUGUAGAUUUGAAUUGAUUAUGAUUUACUGAAUACUGUUAUGUAGCUAAGGUCUAUUAGUACUCUCCUCUGCGUGAAAACGCCGUCUUUCUCGCAUUACUUGUUUAUAAUCUUCUCUACAGACUAUAGUUUCUUGAAAUGAACGCUUAAAAUGAUUAGAUCUCUGUGUUUUGAAAUGUGCAAUAAAAAUGAGAAAGAAAGGUGCGCGUCUAGAAA